GUCUCCGAACAGCACGCGCGAAUCACCCGCAACUCAAUCCCUCUUACAAGCGAGACCAGGCAAGAUGCAAUUAGUACUAUCGGAUGCACGGCGAUGCAUCAUCCUAAAGCUAGCCUGGACGUGUUCUAGUGGUUCAAGUUCUUUGACUGUUGGACUGUUGGCCAACAUCUACGGUCAUCUAUCCGAUGCCGAUGUACCAUAUUGUAUUCCAGAAGGUCGACGGAGCCGGUCCAUUUUCAGGGCAAGUUUUACUAGCCUCCGUCAGCUUCUCCCAGGUUGUUGCGUAUGCUUUAUCCCGCAGCAUCCUUGAAACAGGAGGCACAGCGAGACCAUAAAUGCUAGAGGCACCCAAAAGGUUUGUGGAGGCGCAUAGUAAGC